AAAACUUUCCUUUGCGCAAUCUUUCUUUUUCCCUCUCUCUCAUGUUGUACAGACCCACCAGCUGCACUUAAAAGGAAACCCUCUCUCUCCACUCAAGGAAUCUUUCUUCUCUACACUCUCCUAUCUCCUCUUUCCUCUCUGUUCUCUCCUUUUUCAAAUCCAAGCAAGCCCAAGCAAUUUACCCAAUCAUCGCGAGCAAGCAUGAAUUAAUCUGAAGUGCAAAUAUGUGAAAAUAUUGGAACUUUAGAUAGGGGGUUUUACUUCGCCAACCGCAGACAAGCCAGACCCAAGUAAGCUUCCAGCGCAUUCUGGUAGGGGCCAUCAACCAUAACAUGGAAUGUUUGGCAGGCUUCGUAAUCUUACCAACUGCGGCUUCUCCUAUUAUGCGCUCAUCACUAUUUUGCGCCCCCAAGAAAUACAGAAAUGCCGUAGUAGUGAGCGCAAAACUCCAACACAAUGAUGAUGACCCUCUGUUCCGAGCCGCCGUUAGUCGCGCUUCUCUUCGCUUUCAGGAGACCCAUCGCCCAGAGCCUCUUUUUGUUGACCCAUAUGCUGGAUGCUUUGUUCCUCUUAGUGUUGAGGCGGAUAUGAAGCACCAACUGCACCAGUACUGCCUUGCAACCAAGUUUAUUGAUGAUAAGUUGCUUACUACAACUAAUAAUAUUGAUGGGCUUAAGCAGGUUGUUUUGUUAACAGAUGGAAUGGAUACGCGGCCAUAUCGGCUCAAUUGGCCUACCUCAACCAUAAUAUUUGAUAUAUCUCCAGAAAGGGUAUUCAAGAAAGCAGCUCAAAAGCUUGAAGGAUGUUGGGCGACUGAGAAGAUAGGGGCGGGCAAAAUAGGGCUUUUCUUUCACUCCAGUUGGCUGAUGGGAGUGCAAAGAAGAGCGCUUGCUCUCCUUUCCCUCCAUUUGGACAAUGUUGGGGCUAAGAUUCCAAGAAGCUGCUUGUUCUUUCAUGUUCCAUCAGAGUCACCUUAUAUACAACAAACUUUGUGCAGCAAAGGAUUUACUGGUAAUAGGCCUAGUAUAUGGGCUUUCCAGGGACUGCCUGUGAUGACUCUAGCAAGUUUUGAAGAGUUUUUGUCCAUAGUUAGUAAUUUGGCCAUGAAGGGAUGCCUCCUUCUGGGAGAAUUGCCUGCCUGGUUGGCAGAAACUGAAGUUGGCAUCAAGUCCGCUAAGAAAAUAUGGAUGGACAAGCUUUUUAUGAGCCAUGGUUUACGUGUGGACGUGAUUGGAUAUGAAGAAGUUGGAAGGAACCUAGGCAAGGUACCAAUGCCCGGAGAGUUCAAGGAUAUGCUUUUUGUUGCAGAACAAUUGCGAUUUUCUGAUGAUCAGAUGGAAACCUGGAGGAAAGAAUUUGAGAGGAUAGAGGAAGAAGCAGAUGAAGAAGGGUUCGAGGAGCUUUAACAUGGCACUUAAGUUUUGCAUCUUUUCGGUUGGAAUUGCCGAGGAGUAUUGUUUCUCUCUGCAGUUCAACAAGCAUUCAAACAGCCUUCUCCAUGGUGUCCACUACAUGUAUAUAAAUUAUUGGUGAUUUUGUAAGAAUUCGAUUCCUCUAAACGAUACCUGAUCUAUAUGCCAACUCAAAUGCUUAGGUUACUGAAUCCUUCCCAUCCACUUCAUCAACAGUUUUCAACACCA